AGUACCGUUCUGUCAAAAAACAAAAACAAAAACUCCGUUUGAAACAAAACAUUUUUCAAUCGCAUAUUUUGUAUUUUUUACGAGUUUACUAAUUUUCAUGCUAAUAAUUCAGUUAAAAUAUGGUUAUUGUAAUCGGUUUUGAAGGCAGUGCCAACAAGAUUGGUGUCGGAAUAGUUUGCGAUGGUCAAGUGCUUGCAAAUGAACGAGAAACCUACAUCACCCCUCCGGGAGAAGGAUUCCUCCCCAAAGAAACAGCUCAACAUCACCGCUCGAAAAUUCAUGCCAUUUUGAAACGCGCUCUCGCCGUUUCUGGCGUAACCCCGCAGCAAAUUGAUGUCGUCUGCUACACCAAAGGGCCGGGAAUGGCUCCACCGCUGCUGGCAGUGGCCAUCGUUGCUCGGACCAUUGCUCAGAUUUGGAAUAAACCUAUCCUUGGGGUCAAUCACUGCAUCGGACACAUCGAGAUGGGUCGGUUAAUUACCAAAGCUCAGAACCCAACGGUUCUGUAUGUGAGCGGUGGCAACACACAGAUAAUUUCGUACGCAUGCAAACGAUAUCGGAUUUUUGGUGAAACCAUCGACAUCGCUAUCGGUAAUUGCUUGGAUCGGUUUGCCCGGAUCAUCAAAUUGUCCAACGAUCCCAGCCCUGGCUACAACAUCGAGCAAAUGGCGAAAAAGGGAACCAAGUAUCUGGCGUUGCCUUAUUCGGUCAAGGGCAUGGAUGUGAGCUUUUCGGGAAUUUUGUCGUUUAUUGAGCAGAAGGCUCGACCGAAAGGAAAGCAGAAAAAGCGGGUGGACGAUGAGAAGUGGUCUGAUGAGGAUUUGUGCUUCUCGCUGCAGGAAACCCUUUUUGCCAUGCUGGUUGAAACGACCGAGCGAGCUAUGGCCCAUUGUGGGUCCAGCGAAGUGCUCAUCGUUGGCGGUGUGGGUUGCAACGAACGUUUACAGCAAAUGAUGGGCAUAAUGUGCGAGGAACGUGGAGCAAAAGUGUUCGCAACAGAUGAGCGAUUCUGCAUCGACAAUGGUGUAAUGAUUGCCCACGCCGGGUGGGAAAUGUUUCGCAGUGGAACCAGAAUGAGCUGGGAAGAGGCAACCAUCACGCAACGUUAUAGGACUGAUGAAGUUCUAGUCACUUGGAGGGACGACUAAUGAAUUGGUCGAGAAAAGUAUAUUCGAUGGAAAACUUCUAACGUGGCGACAGCCAAAUAGCAGAACAUCGGACUUAAAGUGCUGCCUUUUCGAACCUAUUAGUGCCGAAGGAUGUCAGGGGUUCUCAAACUGAACAGAGGUAAGCAUGACAUUAGUAAUCUAUUGCUGGAUAUGCUAAGGCGUUUCGGCACGCUUGCCAUCAAACCAAAAAGACAGUUCAACUAGUUGCUUGUUAAUUUACCAAGUGAAAAAUUAUUUGCAAUAAUGCAUAUGAUGGAAUUUCUAUCUUCACCCUAAAUCGUUUGAAUUUUAAAAAUACCUUUCAGGCCUUUUUUUCUUUUUCACUAAACAAUUCCUCGGCAAAAUCUGCGUGAGUGUGAGCAUUCUUGGCUCGUGAGAAGGAGUAAACAUUGCGAUCCCUACUGGCUACUUGUUUUCUAAGUUCA